AUGAAAACAGUUAUGGUCAAUAGCACAUUGUAUGAAAAUUUCCACCUCCUGGCCUUUUCUAGAUACGAAAAACUUCAGGUUCUGCUUUUUGUUGUGUUUUUCCUAAUUUAUAUGUUUACUGUCCUUGGGAAUCUCAUCAUAACUGCACUCGUAUGCCUGGAGUCCAAGCUUCAUACGCCAAUGUACUUUUUCCUGUGUAAUCUGUCAGUGCAGGAUGUUGUAUAUAUAUCUGCUACUUUGCCAAAACUGUUAGCCAUUACAUUAACAGGCGAUACUAGCAUAUCUUUCAAAGGCUGUAUCACUCAGAUGUUCCUGUUCAUAUUUUGCAUUGAAACAGAGUUUUUCUUACUCACUUCUAUGUCUUAUGAUCGCUACGUGGCCAUCUGUAGGCCUCUCCACUAUCCCUUAAUCAUGAACAAGAGGACAUGUACCAUAUUGGCCACUGCAUCUUGGCUUAUCGGUAUUUUAAAUUCGGCGAUGUAUGCAUUUAAAAUAUCUGUUUUAUCCUUCUGCAAUUCCAAAGAUAUCAACCAUUUCUACUGUGACAUGAAAGCUAUUUUAAACCUGGCCUGCAAUGACGUUACCAACAUAAAUUUGAUAAUAUUUAUUGAAGGGGUUUUGAUUGGAUUUCUCCCAUUUGCACUAAUUUUGGUGUCCUAUAUAUACAUCAUAUCUGCCAUUAUAAAGACGUGUACAUCAGCAGGAAGGGUCAAUGCUUUUUCAAGGUGUUCUUCUCAUAUUACCUCUGUUUUAUUAUUUUGUCUGUCCUCUCUCAGCAGUUACAUGAAACCGCAGUCAGAGAAUUCUAGGGAACUAGACAAACUGAUCUCCGUGUUGUAUGUUGCUUUGGUUCCAAUGUUAAAUCCCCUAAUCUAUAGCUUAAGAAACAAAGAAGUUUUGAAUGCCAUAAAAAGGGUUUACAGGUAA